AAGCAACGAAAUCGGUUUUGGAAAACAAGCGACAUCCGCAGAGACUUGCAGAGACUCCUGCUUCAUGCGAUAUUCGCCUGUAAAUAUGCAAUAGUGUGUAUUAGUUCGGCACAACUACGCUUCAGAGCAACGGGAAAAGGGCAGAGGCCAGAGAAUAGAGUACAGAGGACAGAAGAUAGAAGAUAAAGGACAAAGGCAAAUUAGUGACCAGUUGUGGAGUUGAACACAGCCUUUUCAGGCAAGCAAUAUUAUGACGCGCUUGCAGCACGAACUGACAACAGCAACAACAACAGCAGCAACUAUUGUGGCAACAACAACACCCACAGCAACAGCAGAAGAAGCAGCCAGAGAAGCAACAGCAACAGUAACGACAACAGUAGUCGGCCAUCCCUUCCAUAUGCCGCUGCUGGAGGCAACGCACGCCAGAUAUUUGAAUUUCGUUGCCGAUGGACUCAUCGAUGAUGGCAGCGGCGGUGGAGUGGGUGGCGUUGGCAGCAGUUCAGUUCCUAUUGAAGACACGCUGGCUAGUGCCGGCGCCGUCGGCAUCAACGAGAGCGCCGCGGUCGGCAGCGACGACAUCAACGGCAGCGCACAUCUGACAUUUGUCAUCGUCAAGUGUUUCAUUAUUGGUUUCAUCAUUCUUGCCGCCAUUCUGGGCAACAUGCUGGUGAUUGUGUCCGUUAUGCGGCACCGAAAAUUGCGCAUCAUAACCAAUUACUUUGUGGUUUCUCUGGCCGUCGCCGAUAUGCUCGUCGCACUCUGUGCCAUGACCUUCAAUGCUUCCGUCGAGAUCUCAGGAAAGUGGAUGUUUGGCUCGGUCAUGUGUGACAUGUGGAACAGCUUCGAUGUCUACUUCUCCACGGCGAGCAUUAUGCAUUUGUGCUGCAUCUCAGUGGAUAGAUACUUUGCCAUUGUACAGCCAUUGGAUUAUCCACUUAUUAUGACGCAGCGACGUGUGUUCUUCAUGCUGCUAUUGGUCUGGUUGUCUCCGGCAUUGCUUUCGUUUUUGCCCAUCUGUUCGGGCUGGUAUACGACUAGUGAAAACUACAAAUAUCUCAAGUCAAAUCCACACAUUUGCGAAUUCAAAGUCAACAAGGCGUACGCAAUCGUCAGUUCGUCGAUGAGCUUUUGGAUUCCGGGCAUCGUCAUGCUUUCCAUGUACUAUCGCAUAUACCAGGAGGCUGACCGUCAGGAGCGUUUAGUCUACAGAUCCAAAGUAGCGGCGCUCCUCCUCGAGAAGCAUCUGCAGAUUAGCCAAAUUCCCAAGCCGCGGCCAAGCAUACAAGUGGAACAGGCAACCAUUACGACAAUGAGGCGGGAGCGCAAGGCGGCUCGCACGCUGGGAAUCAUUAUGAGCGCCUUCCUACUCUGCUGGCUUCCCUUCUUCCUAUGGUAUAUUACUUCCUCGCUGUGCGACAGCUGCAUAACGCCACGGAUUGUUGUGGGUAUCCUGUUCUGGAUCGGUUAUUUUAACUCUGCGCUGAAUCCCAUCAUUUACGCCUAUUUCAAUCGCGAUUUCAGGGCCGCCUUCAAGAAGACUCUAAAGAGCUGCUGUCCCUAUGCGUUCAUCAAUUGUCGCGCCAACAGCUUCUGGGCAGGUGGUGGCGCUCGCAAUGGAAAUGGAGGCACAAUUGGUAGCGGCGGAGCCCUCGAUAUGCCGCCCCAUAUGAACUCCACGGCCUCAUCGGAGAUACACAUGAGUGUGUUGCGAGCUCGCCAAUAUGCUGUCACGCCCACCAGGGCUGCCCAGCAACAGCAGCUGCAUCCCUUAUACACGAACUAAGCCAACUGCUGAUGGAUCGGGAAUGGGUGGGAGGUGGU